ACUAAAAUUUGAGGAUAUGUUUGAUAAUAUUUUUAAAAAUCAUUAUUAAAUUUUUUUAAAAUUAUUUUAAGAAUAAAUUACUAAAAAAGUCCUAUAAAAAUUAUUUAUUUUUAUAAUAAAAUUAAUUAAAACUCUAUCAAAUUUAUUUCCUAAGCUAAAAAAAGUUUCCCUAAAAAUGAGAAACUAUUUUGAACAAAGUUAGCGCGUACAGGCUGUAAAACUUUUCACGAUUUGUAAUUUUGUUUUCCUUCCCGACGCACGUGAAGGCAGAAAGUCGGUUAGACGCCAAUAUAAAAUACAGAGAAAGCCCCAGUUCUUAGGGCAGUGGCCCAGUUCCUCGAUAUAGACUAGAGACCACACCAGCAGGCCUAUCGAUGGUGAUCGACGCAGCACCGCAACCCAACAAGGUCCGAUGGGGAGAGCUGGAGGAGGACGACACCGAGGACCUCGAUUUCCUCCUCCCUCCUCCCCAAGUAAUUGGUCCCGACGACAACGGCAUCAAAAAGGUUAUCGAGUACAAGUUCAACGACGAUGGUGACAAGGUCAAGAUCACCACCACAACUCGGGUCCGCAAACUCGCCAAUGCUCGACUCAGUAAGCGAGCCGUGGAGCGCCGUUCAUGGCCUAAAUUCGGUGACGCCAUCCACGAAGAUGUGGGAAGCAGACUCACCAUGGUUUCCACUGAAGAGAUUUUGAUCGAGAGGCCUAGGGCUCAUGGUAGCAAAGCAGAGGAAACCAAUACUGUGGGAGGAGAUUCCCUGGCACAGCUUACAAAAGGAGGUGCUGUACUCAUGGUGUGCAGGACUUGUGGGAAGAAGGGUGAUCACUGGACAUCCAGGUGUCCUUAUAAGGAUCUUGCACCACAACCUGAAGCCUUCAUUGACAAACCUACUGCAUCAGAUCCCACUGCUGCGGCUUCUGUAACAAAGGGUGCAUAUGUUCCACCAAGCAUGAGAGCUGGUGCUGAUAGAAGCAGUGGUACAGAUAUGAGGCGCAGGAAUGAAGAGAAUGCUGUCCGGGUCAGCAAUCUCUCAGAGGAUACUCAUGAGGCUGACUUGCGUGAGCUAUUUAGCCGUUUUGGGCAACUAACCCGUGUUUAUGUUGCCAUUGACCACAAGACUGGUUUGAGCAGAGGUUUUGGGUAUGUCAAUUUUGUCAACAGGGAAGAUGCUGAGAGAGCUAUUAGUAAGCUCAAUGGAUAUGGUUAUGACAGUCUCAUCCUGCAAGUUGAGUGGUCCACACCAAGACCGAACUAGAUAUAUAUUUCUUGUCAUGAAGGGUAGCUCUAGAGAAUUUUGUUAUAGCAGAGGCAGUUGGAAAUCUUGCAGAAAAUGGUUUUCUGUUCAUGUACGAUGGAGGAGACCUGGAUGAAGUAGCAUGUUUAGAUAGGAUGUUUUGUUCUGGUUUCAGUAACUAAAUUGUCUAAUGUGCAAGAGUAAUGCGACGCUUAGGUAAUUUCUGUUAUGGAAAUAUAUAUUUCCUUCCAUUGGAA